AUGUCUCUCAAAACUCAGAGAAGAGAAGAGAGGAGGAACGGAACACUGCAGUGCACUGCAGGACACAACAGAACUGCCACCGGCAGCUCACAACUGGAUUUGAGGCGCCUCAAACCAGCAUACAAGUCACUCCGUUCCCUCCUCACUCCCCCCAUCACUCUGCUGCUCCUCCCUUCCCAGGAGGUACCAGCAGUCAUUGGCUCCCAUUGCUGCUCCUCCCAGCAGGUGGCCUUCUCUUCUGCUCCUACUGCUCCUCACUUCCCAGCAGGUGCCAGUAGUCUCCUCUGCUCCUCUGCAGUGGUGUCAUUGCUACUGCCACCGCUAGUGUCUCCUCUUGCAAUCCCUUCUGCUCCCACUGCUGCUGCCACCGCUGGUGACACUGCUGGCCUUCUCUUCUGCUCACCGCCCCAUCACUUCACAGCACCAGCAGCAGCUUACGGAAGGGAGGUAGGAGCAAGGAAGGUAGCAGUUGUCGUCCCAUCACUUCAUAGCGCCAGCAGCAGCACAGGCGAGAGAGGCGGGACCACAAGGCAGCAGCAGGUGGUAACAGCUCAAUCUUUCUCUUCUCUGCCCCGCAACUCUGCUCCCCCUUUCACUCUGCUCCCCCUCCCGUCUGCUUCAUCCCCUUCACAUCUGCUUCAUUCCCUUCACAGCUGCUUCAUCCCCUUCACAGCUCAUUGGCAGCAAAAGGUAGCUAAAGGUAGCAGCAGAAGCACCACCUCCCAACGUAGCAGCAGCAUCACUCCCCCUUCAGCAGCAGCGCCACUCCACCAAUUCACAGCACCAGCAGCAGCACAUGUGAGGGAGGUAGGAGCGAGGCAGCACAAGGCAGCUAAAGUGGCCUUCUCUUCUGCACACGGGAGGGAGGCAGCAUCAUUUCUCCCACUGCUGCUCCUCUGCUCCUCUGCAGUAGCACACGGGAAGGCCUUCUCUUCUGCUGCCACUGCUGCUGCCACCGCUGGUCCCACCGCUGGCCUUUUCUUCUGCUCGCCUACCCAUCACUUCACAGCACCCGCAGCAGCACGCGGGAGGGAGGUAGGAGCGAGGAAGGUAGCAGCUGCCGUCCCAUCACUUCACAGCACCAGCAGCAUCACGCGGGAGGGAGCUCCAUGUCUCUCCAAUGCUGCAUCUUUGUUCCUCUGCUGGUUCGCCUCCCCUUCUGCUCCCACUGCUGCUGCAACCAGUAAUGUCAAUGCGGGCCUCCUCGCCUCCUCUCCUCCUCGCCUCCUUUCCUCCUCGCCUCCUCUCCUCCUCUCCUCCUCGCCUCCUCUCUUCCUCGCCUCCUCGCCUCCGUCUCCUCCGAUGCUUCUCCUGCAGAAUGGGAAGGAAGGGAAAAUUCUAUGA